CGUGAUUUGGACGACAGGCUGGAUAUCCGGUUUCUACAUCCAGGCUACCCAUCUCCCCUCAAUGUGUUUCUUACUCUCCCACGAGUCGAUAGUGAGAGCUCAGAUGGCGCUGUCGUUUUUGGUAUUCACCAUCAAACAGCCUUAACCGCCUGCCAGAUUACCGCGGGCAAUGUCUUUCAAGCCAGCUAUUUUGCAGCCGAUAGUGCUGGUGGACAGAAAGAGCGUGUAUCGCUUGAUGGUCUGUUGACUAAGAAUUCUUACUACUUUAUUGUGGAUGGAAACGUCAAGUACCCCAUUGUUCCCAGCUUCAAAGAUUGGGAAUUCCCCCAUGGACAAGUGCCAGAUCUUUGGCCAACCAUCUCUCACCACGGCCCCAUAGCAGUUGAUAUAUCUGUUACUUGUCGUAUGUCAGGUGUUUCGUAUGCUAUUAACAGAGCACACCUCGUACCACAAGAAGAAUCAGUAUGGUACCUGCAAAAUGGUAUGGCAGUCUAUGGAGGAGACAUCAACUGCAAGGAAAAUAUUCUUCCGCUUCGCAAAGACCUUCACAAGUGCUUUGAUGAUCGGUGGUUUGCAAUUGUGCCCAAGUUAACGACAGGCGGCACGCAGUACGUCUCUCAUAUCCUCGCAAGACAAGCGUCUGAACUUUGGCCGACGUACCAGAACCUCAUUAUUCGAGGUCUUACUUCAGCCUCUAAGCCAUACCUGUUUGCGCGAUUUGCAUGGGCUGUACUACUCCGCGUAAAGCCAUUUGUCACUCAAGGCUUUCAGCGCCAUGUUAUCCGAGUCCACGUGGAUAAUAACGAAUCCAGCCUCGUGGAGUAUAAAGAAGAGAUCAUGACUGGAAUUCAGCUACAAGCGCAUUACGGUGGCGGCGGAUCCAAGGCUGCUACUCCCCUCAAGAGAAAGACGGAUGCUCGAGAUGAG